GAUUAUGUAUAUUUGGGUUAGAAAUAGCAAAUAUAUCUUCAAAAUUUUUAAUUAUAGGCAUGUUAGUGUUAGUGUCAAAAUUGGGCUGUGGCCCCUCCGGAUUUCAGUCCGAUUUCCAAACCAAGCGACAAGUCAAAAUCGAUUCUUCCUCCCCCUCGUUGCUAGUCGCUGCCUACGUAACUCGCUCAGUCGCUGCCCGUUGGUCUCGCCAUUCACCACCGCAGCAGCUGUCACCGGUCACCGGAAAUCAGCUGUCUAGUACUCUAGUUGAUGAUUUGUUUAGCUCUUCAAGCUGUCGAUUAAGGACACCACAGUAACAGAAAAAAAAAAAAGACUGAUUUGGUUCUGCUUAAAAGAAAAUCAAAGUGAACGUAUUGUUAAAAAAACUUCAUAUGGCAUUGGAGUGUCGGAUGCCUGCUAGUCACCACUGCCCAUCGCAGCUCCUCCUGUCACCACCGUCCACCUGCUGUUGAGCACUUCUGCUGUCCUUUCUUGUUCACAGAACCGAAGAAAAUCAGUUUCUAAUACCCCCUACCCCAAAGUAUAUGUUCAAGUACCGCCCCUGAAAAACAUGGUUUGAGCGGAAAAUAUCUGCCGGCGUCAAUAUUACAGUAGAUCGGCAAUUGACGAAAUGAAUGCAUCGAGAAAGCAGGCAUCCAAUCUCAAAGAACAGGCCAUUCGCGUAACAGACGCCGUUCGUGCUCUGGCCAACUUUUACGCUGCACAGCUCCUAUCAUGUUCCAACCAAAUCCCAACCUCGUAUUCCAAUGUCCGAAUGAUUCAUGCCCAUAUGAUCGCUUCUGGGUUCAGGCCGCGGUCUCAUAUCCUCAACCGUUUGAUGGAUUUGUAUUGCAAAUCGUCUAACCUUGUAUACGCACGCCAACUAUUCGAUGAAAUUGCAGAACCAGAUAUUGUUGCCAGAACAACCUUUAUUACUGCAUAUUCCGCUUCUGGAAAUCUAAAGCUGGCAAGAGAAAUAUUUAACAACACUCCUUUAAAUACUCGAGAUACAGUUUGCUACAAUGCCAUGAUAACAGCCUGUGCUCAUAAUGACGACGGUAACGCUGCUAUUGAGCUCUUUCGUGACAUGAAAAGAAACAAUUUUCAGCCGGAUAACUACACCUACACAAGCAUGUUAUCGGGGUUGUCUCUUAUAGCUGAGCACGAAUUACAUUGUCAGCAGCUACACUCUGAAAUUGUGAAGUCUGGAACCGGGUUUGUCACAUCGGUUGUAAACUCCCUUAUUUCUCUUUAUAUCAGGUGUUCUUCUUCACCUUUCGUAACACCUUCUUUAUUAAUGGAUGCUGCACAAAAACUGUUUGAUGAAAUGCCACAUAAAGACGAGUUAUCAUGGACUACAAUAAUCACAGGGUAUAUAAGAAAUGACGAUUUACACGGUGCAAGCCAAGUCUUUUAUGGUAUGAACAAUGAAAAGCAAGUAGUGGCAUGGAAUGCAAUGAUUUCCGGAUACAUGCAUAAAGGGUUUGUUUCUGAAUCAUUAGAAAUGUCAAAAAAGAUGAAUCUUUUAGGAAUCAAGUUUGAUGCAUUCACUUAUACAAGUAUCCUUAGUGCUUGUGCCAAUGCUAAAUUGUUUCUCCAUGGAAAACAAAUACACGCAUACAUGAUCAGAACUGUAAUAAACCCAUCUCACCACUUUCUAUAUAGUGUCAACAAUGCGUUGAUUACAUUAUACUGGAAAUGUGGUAAAACAGAUGAUGCAAGAAAGAUUUUCGAUAGGAUGCCAAUAAGAGAUCUUAUUUCAUGGAACAACAUUCUAUCUGCUUACGUUGAUGUAGGCCGAAUCGAAGAAGCCCGAUUGGUAUUUACCAAAAUGCCCGAAAAAAACCACGUGACAUGGAGUGUGAUGAUAUCAGGAUUUGCCCAAAACGGAUCAGGAGAAGAGGGUUUGAAGCUUUUCAACCAAAUGAAAUCUACCGAAUGUCAACCAUGUGAUUAUUCAUUAGCAGGCGCGAUUAAAUCAUGUGCAGCUAUCGCGUCAUUAAACCAUGGACGCCAACUCCAUGCUCAACUUAUCCAAUCAGGGUUUGAAUCGAGCCUUUCCGCUUCCAAUUCUUUAAUCACAAUGUACGCACGAUGUGGGGUCCUUCAAGAUUCACAGUCUGUAUUCCUUACAAUGCCAUGUUUAGAUUCGGUGUCUUGGAACGCGAUGAUUGCAGCUUUCGGGCAGCACGGGCAUGGUGCUCAGGCAAUUGAGCUUUUUGAAGAAAUGCUAAAAGAGGACAUAGUUCCUGACCGAAUAACAUUCCUCACGAUUCUUUCUGCUUGUAGCCACUCGGGUUUAAUUGACCAAGGUCAACGGUAUUUCAACUCGAUGAAAGAUUCGUACGGUAUAACCCCGGGUGAAGAUCAUUACGGUCGUUUGAUUGAUUUGUUAUGUAGAGCCGGGAAAUUCACCGAAGCAAAAAACGUGAUUGAAAAAUUACCAUUCUACCCCGGUGCACCGGUUUGGGAAGCACUACUUGGUGGGUGUAGAAUCCAUGGAAAUAUGGAGUUAGGGGUUGAGGCUGCAGAAAGACUUUUUGAAUUAAUCCCGGAUCAUGAUGGGACCUACAUACUUUUAUCAAACAUGUACUCCAACUCGGGAAAAUGGAAUGAUGCUGCACAGGUUCGGAAUUUGAUGAGGUCUCGAGGAGUGAAGAAAGAGCCUGCAUGUAGUUGGAUUGAAGUUGACAAUAUGGUCCAUGUAUUUUUGGUGGAUGACACUAAGCACCCUGAGGUUCAAAAGGUGUAUGAGUACCUUGAGGAAUUGGUUUCUAAAAUGAGGAAAUUAGGAUAUGUUCCAGAUACGAAGUUUGUGUUACAUGAUAUGGAGAAUGAGCAAAAGGAAUACGCAUUGUCUACUCAUAGUGAAAAGCUUGCGGUUGCUUUUGGGCUUUUGAAGCUUCCUUCGGGAGCUAUGAUUAGGGUUUUCAAGAACUUGAGGAUUUGUGGGGAUUGUCAUAAUGCGUUUGAGUUCAUGUCGCAAGUUGUGGAGAGAGACAUUGUUGUGAGAGAUGGGAAGAGGUUUCAUCAUUUCAGGAAUGGGAAAUGUUCUUGUGGCAAUUACUGGUGAGAAGAAAGCAACAACACACUGUUGUGAUCAACAAUAUCAUGUGAGAUGUAAAUCAUGUAUACAAACAGGUCUAUAAGGAGACCAAUCCUUAGAAAAGUAUAUUAUUGUUGACAAACCAUGAUUAUACUUGCGAAAUUGAAAUUUAGAAAAAUUAGAAGUCGACAGAA